AUGGCCGCAGCCAAUUCUCGACAGAAUUUCCUACAUCUUGCCACACCCACCUCGGUCCAAUCCCCUGUCUCUUCGACUCUCACUGAAAUUACACACACACACACACAUACACAAACACACUCAUCUACUCAAUUACACACCGACGUGCACACACUUGCACACAUCAGCGUGUACACAAUCGUAAUGUACACGCAACUUCGGUACUCAACUACACACCGACGUGCACACAUCAGCGCCUACACAAUCGAAAUGCAUACAGAAGCGCAGCCAACUUUUACGAAAAAAGGUUUCCACCUCUUCGACUUUUGCCACCGACGUGCACACAUUCACACGACUAUACGUCUGCACCUUCAUGAUGCACACGUCGGCACACACACAACCUUCCCAAAAGAGGGAGGGGUGUUAGCUCGAGUCCGGCCCCCUACACCGGCUGCUUCGGUAGCUUUCUCUGCGUGUCCAGUUGCGUGUGAAUGUUGCGACUGUCUCGCGAAACCGGCCGAAAGCACCGACAGCCCCGUCGAGGCGGGAUUCGGAGAGACACGACGCCGAGAGUGUACACAAUCCGCCGGACCAAGAGGGCGGGCGUCGGCAACUGAAAAGGUUGUGUACAGACUCAACCUCUUCGGCGGGCCAAGUUGGGUCUUGAAGCCAGCCUCGUCCGACCAGAAGUGGCCAAAUCCCAAUGGCAGUUCACACUACGACAUACACACACACGCACACACACACAAAUUCAUCUAUUUAUCUUCUUCACCUGUCGGUCGAAGGGUGAAAGGAUCAAGAUGA